CGCGCUCCAGGCGGCUGCUGAGCCAGGGCUGCCGCCGGGCUUGCCCUGCUUCUUCUGAGGUACCAGACCAAGUCAAUGUGCCCCGGUGCGCUGGGGCCAGAACAGCCGCCAGUCGGGGCAACUUGGGAUUCGGUACCCGCACCAGGGGCGUCGGUUUGCUACCUGGACUCCGCGCGAAGGAUGGAAAUUCUGUAGAAUGUGGAAGCCAUUAGCAGAGUAAUUGCUGUCUGUUACCAUGACAACCAGCCGCUGCAGUCACCUGCCUGAAGUGCUGCCAGACUGCACCAGCUCAGCUGCGCCUGUGGUGAAGACCGUGGAGGAUUGUGGCAGCCUAGUGAAUGGGCAGCCACAGUAUGUCAUGCAAGUUUCAGCCAAGGACGGGCAGCUGCUGUCAACAGUAGUUCGGACUCUUGCCACCCAGAGCCCCUUCAAUGACCGGCCAAUGUGCAGGAUCUGCCACGAGGGUAGCAGCCAAGAGGACUUGCUUUCUCCGUGUGAAUGUACGGGGACCUUGGGGACAAUUCAUCGGAGCUGCCUGGAGCACUGGCUGUCAUCCUCAAACACCAGCUACUGUGAACUCUGCCACUUCAGGUUUGCAGUGGAGCGCAAACCCAGGCCUUUAGUGGAGUGGCUCAGAAACCCAGGCCCCCAGCAUGAGAAGCGGACUUUGUUUGGAGACAUGGUGUGCUUCUUGUUCAUCACCCCCCUGGCCACCAUCUCAGGCUGGCUCUGCCUUCGGGGCGCCGUGGACCACCUGCACUUUAGUAGUCGGCUCGAAGCCGUCGGACUGAUUGCACUCACUGUCGCACUCUUCACUAUUUACCUCUUUUGGACACUAGUGUCAUUUAGGUACCACUGUCGAUUGUACAAUGAAUGGCGUCGGACCAAUCAGAGGGUGAUUCUCCUCAUUCCAAAGUCUGUCAACGUACCUUCUAACCAGCAGUCCUUGCUGGGCCUCCAUUCUGCCAAGAGGAACUCAAAAGAGACAAUUGUUUGAUGUUUGUGUGGUUGGUUGGUUGAUUCGUUGUUUAGGGUUUGGAAGUUUCUGCACUGGGGCCAUGCACUGAGCCACCUCCAAACACCCACCGAAGCCCACGGGUCGGCGAACAUCCAGAGCCACGUGUUAGCACAUCACUCAGAACAACGAACCCUGCCAGAAGAAAGCAAAUGCUGUUUUACUUCAAAUCAUGGAUGCUGCAAUCAUAUGAUAUUUGCUAAGCUGCCAAACAUGUUUAUUUAGCAGAUACUGUAUGGAAUUUUCUGAACACCUCUUUAACAUGAGGAAGGUUGUCCUGCUAAAGAUGCAAUUCAGCUCUUCCUUUUUUAUUACUAUUUCAAAUAUAUCUAUAUAUUAAACUUAGAUGAUAUUCAAAAUUGAAAAGCCAAUGUUAAAACUGGUUUCUUGGUUUGGACGGGUUAUGUUUGGGUUAGUUUUAUUUGCUUCCUGGUUUCCACUUAGAUUCUUUGGGAUGAUUUGAUAGCUCCAGUGGUCCUGCUCAUCUCUUUCAUGCCCUCACUCAGAGAAACAGCAUAACAGCAGCGGAAUAAGUCAUGUUUGAAAGAGGUUUUAUACUGAAUUUCAUUUAGUUUUCAGUUUUUAAAGGGGGGAAAGGCGUGGCAACUCUCCCCAUAGUGAGCUGUUUAUUUAGAUUUCAUUAAGGGAAAAAAAUGAUGGUGAGAAGCACGCUCUUUUCAACUUGUUUGGUACUGACAGCUGAUAGAAGUUAUUUUCUAAUAAUAAAUAUCCAGUGUGUGAAAGACAAA